AUGGGCCACGACGAGGGCACUCCUCUCGUUGCCACCUACAAGACACAACGGCCACCAUGGAUUGGACUGUGGAGUAGCCGUGAAUACAAGGGCCGCCCGGAUUGGUGGAAGGAGGCCGGUGUUCGGGAUGAUGUUGUUCGUAGCGGAAAGCUGCGUUUGGUACGUCACCGCUAUAAGGAGGAAGAUCCGGUGUUCUUUGAUCCCAAGGUCCCUGAUGGAACAUCUAAUUCUGGUCCGAUUGGCCUUGAUUCGAUGUACCAUAACAAUAUCACUAUUAAAGCCGACCAACCAGGAAGUUUGGAAGACUUCCAAACAAAGAUGUGGAAGAGUUCCCAUCAGUAUAAAAAUAUUGUCGAAAAAUUCGAUAUAAGCAGGAACAUCCGGGAUUCGAUGUUAAUCCGGCUCUCAGCGAGCUACUUAACACUUGCAGUUCCAAAAUGGGAGCUCGGUCGUGGGGGAUUCUUCACCAACCACUGGUACCACUUUGGACCACGAUUCUUCGAAAAACCACUGAAUGAGGCUGCUCAUGAGAAGGGUCUGGCUAUGGCAAAAUACACCGCGAUGCUAACCUUCAUAUGGCUUUCUUGGGGAGUUUCACUUUCUGCUGCAGCAACUUACCGUAACAAGGAUGAUGUUAAGAACCAUUUGUUUGCCAGUGCUGCUUUAGGCGCGACUCUUGCUACCAUGAAAGACAAUAUUCCUCUUGGAAUAACUGCAGCUAUUAUGACGUUGGUGGUAGGCACAUUCUGGCAGUACGCCCGAGUUUCGGAGAAUGGCUUGUAUGGCUUGGUUGGAAAUCCAGGCAGUGGAGGAGGCUGGGGUGGACCGGUCAUAUGGAAAGGAUUCCGGUGGGGUGACGCGGAAGUUCCAAAGACAAGAUAUUAG